CAGAGACGGACCGGGACUGUAAAGAGAGAGGGCGAGAUUUCUGCAUCGUGGCCACGACCCGUCCAGGACCUCGACAGUCAACCCUUGUCAGGCAGGAAUAAGGGAAGCGAACGUGGGAGUCAGGAGGUAAUUAAAUAUCAAGAAGAUCCUGACUUAAAUAACCGACGGGUUUGCGGAGAUACUGUCUUUGAGACGCUUAACUGACUCUCCCGUUCAUUCGUAUUUGCAAUAAUAAACCGUGCUGCUGCCAACACGAAGAAGGGAAACUACAUCUGAUCAUCGUCCGUUUUGCUUGGAUCGCUUAAAAAAGACGAAGCUGAAACAUCUGUUCAGCUGGCGUUGACAGACUGCCGUCGAUCCAGCAAUUCGGCUUCUGACCCACUCGGACACCGCAAUCGGAAGCAUCGGGUGACUGGCGCUCAUCACCCUAAAUUGCAGCAGCCGGAUCGCCCGUGGCGCGGCACCCCUGUCCCGCUCGAACCAUGAGCCAGGCGGAGAUCUCCCCCUGCUCCGCUCCGCAGAGGGUCUUCCAGGAGGCGGUGAAGAAGGGCAACACGAAGGAGCUGCACUCGCUCCUGCAGAACAUGACCAACUGCGAGUUCAACGUGAACUCGUUCGGACCCGAGGGACAGACGGCGCUGCACCAGUCCGUCAUCGACGGGAACCUCGAACUGGUGAAGCUGCUGGUGAAAUUCGGGGCCGACAUUCGCCUGGCCAACAGAGAGGGCUGGAGCGCCUUGCACAUCGCCGCGUUCGGGGGCCACCAGGACAUCGUGCUGUACCUCAUCACCAAGGCCAAGUACGCGUCCAGUGCGCGGUGACCCCGCUGCGCGCUCGCGGACACCGCCGCCGGGCUCGCGUAGCGUCGCGCUUACCUGUGUUACUCACGUGUCAAAAUAGACGGGCAGCGUUCCUCUGCGGCUGGUGCAAAGCUGAAAUGAUAUUAUGAAAACUGUGUCCCGCUCUUGAAAGUACACACACACACACACACACACACACACAGCCCCUGCGGUUUGUGCUCCACUUCCCUGCGUUGGUACUUGUGAGCGUUUUCCUGAAUGUGGGUGUUGGAAACGGGCUGACACACACACACACACACACACACACACAGAAAAUCAUGUCGUGAAACGAAAAGCGCGUUUACAGGGCUUCGCUUUGGCCCCCCCCCCCCCUUUUCCCCCCAACAUCAUGAGCUCUCAUUCUGAAGAAAGGUGGCACUUGACGCUACGCUGCACGCUGGACUCUGAACGGGAAGAGGAGGGAACGCGGAUCCCGAACGAGUCCUGCUCACAUCUGACUAAACACGCCGUUUCGCAGCAGCUGCAAUUUACCUGAAAAACUAGCGGCCUGACGGCACCCUAUUGGCAUUUGUUAAGGUUUCGCCAUUGUAUCGGUUUCACACGUGUCUAAGUACUGUACAAAAUAGCUUUAUCUCUGUUUUUUGUCUUCAUCCCAGUAGCUCUGUGUUCGGGCAGACUUGUGGCUCCAGCUUCCGGCCAGUAAGACCGCGGUCCACGGUUAAUGUUUUUUUUUUUUUUUUUUUUUUUUGCUUUGUGUCAGCACGUCAGGAGAAUGCGGCGUUUUGGCAUUUCUUGGUUUGUUUUAAACAACUUAUUUCAGUAUUUUCCGCGCAGCCCGGUCGCCCCCUGCCAGCGCACACCGGGUGGGUUUCUAUUUAUGAAGGUACAUUGAGAAAACAGUUGGCUUUUGGGGAUUUGUUUGUGCUUCUUAUUUCGAGUCUGUUGGUCUCAGAUAAUAUAAAAGCUGCUUUCGACACUAAAAUACCGCGUUUUAAGUGUGGACAUCCACCACGGACAACUUUCGAACCCUGAACACUUCCAGACAUGCAGGCCUCCGGUUUUGUUUUUCUUUUUUUUUUUUUUUUUGUUUUUUUUUUGCCAGCUACCUCGAACCUCAGUCUUCUUUUGUGAAGCAGUGAAGUAAACCGUGGAUUUACCUCAUUAUUUCACACGAGACAACUAUUCAGAGAAAAAGUGUGUUAAAUAUUUUUGAUAGAUACGGACGACAUUCUCCAGUAUGGAAAUAAAAUCCAAUUGUAUUGGUAGGUAGGGCAAAUACCUUUCAGCUGGUAGUAAUAUGAUAAACUGAACUUUAGUCGGCCAGUCCAAUGUUAUUCAGCUAAAAUGUUAAGUAAGGGUUCCUGAAAACACCCCCCCCCGGCCUGAAACACUGCAGAGUCAACCGAGCUGCUCUUCACCUGACACCUCAUCAUCCCUCAUAUGUGCAGCUCCGUUUUUAUCUCCAACUUCACGGCGAAUUGAUUGCAAAUGCUAUUUUUGCAGCUAAACGCAUAUGUUGCCUUUCAGCUUCUUCUGUCAUUUCGUGUUGAAUGAUGAUACAGCAACGAGAGGAAAAAAAAAAAAAA